CUGCGAGCGGUCCGCUUGUUGCUGGGGCGCCCGGAUGGCSGGACCAGUGAAGGACCGCGAGGCCUUCCAGAGACUCAGCUUCUUGUACCAGGCCGCCCACUGUGUCCUUGCGCAGGACCCCGAGAACCAGGCGCUGGCGAGGUUUUACUGCCACACGGAAAAGACCAUUGCGAAGCGACUAGUCCUGCGACAGGACCCCUCGGUGAAAAGGACCCUAUGUCGCGGCUGCUCCUCCCUCCUCAUCCCUGGCCUCACCAGCACCCAGCGCCAGAGACGCCGCAGGGGACAACGUUGGACAAUACAGACCUGCCUGACAUGCCAGCGCAGCCAGAGGUUCCUCAAUGACCCCAAGCAUCUGCUCUGGGGAGACCGGCCUGAGGCUCAGCUGGGGAACCAGGCAGAUUCUAGACCACCACAGCCCUUGCAAAACACAGCUCAUCCCAUUCCAACCCACCUUCCUAAAGAGCAAGCUCAACCUCAGGUUCCAAUAACCAGUGACGGAUUCAUMCCAUCUUCCAGAUAA